AUGGACUUUGGCAAAGCUAAAGCGAGUACAAUAAUUAUAGUUGACUGCAAAGAUUGUCAUAAAAAGCAACAUGAGGUAGAGCUUAAAAAGUUCCGGACGGGCUUUAUAUGCCGACCGUGCCUUGAGUCAUUGCAUUUCAAAAGGUUUCGGUACUUCUUCCAGGCUGCAUUAAAAAAGAAUGAACCAACGUGUGUAUACAUCGUCGAUGACUCAUCAAUCAACACCCGCUAUAUAACAAAAUUGCUCGAUCAGUUUAUCAAAGAAGAGAAAGACCACAAAAUCAAAAACUAUGAUAUAGAGAUAUGUGUAUUAAAGAAAGAAGUAAUGAACAAUAUUCCUAUCCACUUGUACGAGAGAUAUAUCAUUAAUAACGCCAAAGAGCAUAACGGAAAGACUUUGUUGUAUUUGGAUUCGGCAAGUGUAUCAACGAAAGCAGCAAGGGUACUCACUGCAGUGUCUUGUGGCGAUGUUGUCACCGUCCCUUCUGUUGGAUAUUUUCACUACACCUUCCCAGGCCUUGCUGUUGUUCGUCCCGUCGACUUCACAGACGACGAGGUUGCUGAGUACAUGUUAGAAAACAAUGAUGUGGCAACGAGUGAUGGUAUUUUUGGAGCAUGCGAAACCUUUGUAAAGAAGUUAGAGGUGGACUACGACCAAACUGGAAACGCAGUGAUUUCCACGGCGCAGCGAGUUGUUGAAGACAAAGAGGCAAAGCGUUGUGUGUUGUGUAUGCGGCCUUAUGUUGCGUUUCUCAAUGAUUGUAAAGAUGGGAAAUGUCGCACAUGUUCCAAGGUCGUUUCAGAGGAAGUUAUGAAGUCAUUGAUGUGA